AUGGGAAGCUUGAAGCUGGAGCUAUCAAAGUCCCGAGGCAAGGGACCCACUCAGCUCCGAGGCCUGCGGAGCGCUCCCAAUGAUAGCGACCGAUACCCCGGAUUCUUAGAGUACCCACUUGUCAUUCUCGAGCCUCGACUUCAGAACGUUACGAUGUCGGCGAGAAUCCCAGCCAUUGUUGCCAAUCGCGUCAGCGAUGCUGCCAAGAAACAGCUUGACCUCGUUGCCAAGUUCGUUGAGGAAGAAUGUAUCCCUGCCGACCCUGUGGUAGAAGCCCUUGCUGGCGAGGGUGAUGCCCGUUGGGAAGGUCACCCAUCUAUCAUUGAGGACUUGAAGGAGAAGGCUCGCAAGCUUGGUCUCUGGAACAUGUUCCUCCCCAAGGGUCAUUACAAGGAGUCUCCCGGCUGGACCAACCUCGAAUACGGUCUCAUGGCUGAGUGGCUAGGUCGCUCAUCCGUCGCGUCUGAGGCGUGUAACUGCUCUGCUCCCGAUACCGGUAACAUGGAAGUGCUGGCCAAGUAUGGUAACGAUGCUCAGAAGCAACAGUGGUUGAGACCUCUGAUGGACGGCAAGAUUCGCUCAGCUUUCCUCAUGACCGAGCCCCAGGUCGCUUCCUCUGAUGCCACCAACAUUGAGCUGAGCAUUCGCCGCGAGGGUAACGAGUAUGUUCUCAACGGUCAGAAGUGGUGGUCCAGUGGUGCUGGUGACCCACGAUGCCAGAUCUACAUCGUCAUGGGCAAGACGGAUCCCGACAACAAGGACCCUUACCGUCAGCAAUCCGUUAUUCUGGUUCCCGCCGAGACACCCGGUAUUACUAUCAACCGUAUGCUCAAGGUCUACGGUUUCGAUGAUGCGCCUCACGGUCACGGACACCUGACAUUUAACAACGUGAGGGUGCCUGCUUCUAACCUUGUUCUUGGAGAGGGACGAGGAUUUGAGAUUAUUCAGGGUCGCCUUGGACCUGGCCGUAUUCACCAUGCUAUGCGCAGCAUUGGUGCUGCCGAGCGCGCUCUUGACUGGAUGCUCCUCCGAGUCAACGACGAGUCCAAGAAGCCCUUCGGUAAACUCCUGCGCGAGCACGGUGUCAUCAUUGAAUGGAUCGCCAAGUCUCGUCUUGAAAUUGACGCCGCACGUCUUAUCGUCCUCAACGCAGCAAUUAAGAUGGACGAGCUAGGUGCCAAGAAGGCCCUCAAGGAGAUCGCCGAGGCAAAGGUCCUCAUUCCCCAGACAGCCCUUACUGUUAUCGACCGCGCUAUUCAGGCCUACGGUGGUGCUGGUGUUUCUCAGGACACUCCCUUGGCGUACAUGUGGGCUGGUAUUAGAACACUGCGACUUGCUGAUGGACCCGAUGAGGUGCAUUUGCAGCAAAUGGGACGCAACGAGAACAAGCGCAAUGUCGAGGUUACCAACACGAUUAAGAUGCAGAGAGCCAAGACCGAUGAGCUGUUGAAGGCUUAUGGAGUCCAGAGACUUCACCCCGGUGCUAGAAUACAGCACAAGGCUAAGUUGUAA